CUCCAGAACUGCCAACGUGGUAUUUGCCACCCACCGAAGCAGGCGCCGGUUGUCUCCUGACCUGUCGGGAUCCCGGCUACGCUCCAGCCUCGCGGCGCUGCGGGAGGAGGACGGAGCGUACGGGAUGCUCGGGGGACCUGGGUGCUCUGUGGCGCUGGAGCAGCCGCCCCGUGUCCCGCAGGGGCUCGGGAGUGUUGCCAAAGAGGCGGUCUGGGGUUACGGGUUGCUCUGCGUGACCGUCAUCUCGCUCUGCUCGCUGGUGGGAGCCAGCGUGGUGCCCUUCAUGAAGAAGACCUUUUACAAGCGGCUGCUCCUCUACUUCAUAGCUCUGGCGAUUGGAACUCUCUACUCCAACGCAGACCUGUCGCUGUCCCUGCAGGCGUUUGGAUUCAACCCACAAGAGGAUUACUAUGUCUCCAAGUCUGCUGUGGUGUUCGGGGGCUUCUACCUCUUCUUCUUCACAGAGAAGGUGCUGAAGAUGCUGCUGAAGCAGAAGGAUGAGCACCACCACGGGCACAGCCACUACGGCCCCGAGGCUCUGCCCUCCAAGAAGGACCAGGAGGAGGGAGUCACGGAGAAGCUGCAGAACGGGGACCUGGACCAUAUGAUCCCACAUAUAACCAGCGAGCUGGAGUGCAAGAGCCCCUCCGGGGAUGAGAAGGUUGUGGUGGGCUCCCUCUCGGUCCAGGACCUGCAGGCCUCGCAGAGCGCGUGCUACUGGCUGAAGGAGGUGCGUUACUCCGACAUCGGCACCUUGGCCUGG